AUGGGGGAGUCGCGUGACCAGGGUGGCAUGAUCACACGGGGACAAAAAGAUGCCUGGGAAGGAAUUGAUGGUGCUCAUGUAACUGGUGAUGCACUGGUUCAUCAGGGUAUUGAAUAUAUGUUUGGAAUAGUUGGCAUUCCUGUUGUUGAAGUAGCAGUGGCAGCUCAGCAAGCAGGCAUCAAGUAUAUUGGCAUGAGGAAUGAGCAGGCAGCAUGUUAUGCAGCUCAAGCUAUAGGAUACUUGACUGGUAAAGCUGGAGUGUGCCUGGUGGUGUCAGGUCCUGGGCUACUCCACACUAUUGGUGGAUUAGCCAAUGCUCAGAGUAACUGUUGGCCAGUACUGGUAAUUGGAGGUUCCAGUGACCAAGAUCAAGAAGGUAUGGGAGCCUUCCAGGAAUGUCCACAGGUUGAAAGCUGCCGUCUGUACUGCAAGUAUUCUGCACGGCCUCCAAGAAUUGACACUAUACCAUAUCAUGUGUCGAAGGCUAUCAAGUGUACAACCUAUGGAAGGCCUGGUGCUGCCUACCUUGACUUUCCUGGAAAUAUCUUAUCUGGUACAGUUGAUGAAUCACAAAUUGUCCACCUGCCUAGGUGUCCAUCACCUCCUGUGUGUCUUGCCUCUCAUGACUCUAUAAGCAAGGCCACAGCACUGCUUGCAGAAGCACAGCGACCUCUGGUGGUGGUGGGCAAGGGAGCUGCUUAUGCUGGUGCUGAAAAUCAAGUACAGAAGUUUUUAGAAAAAACUGGUUUACCUUUCUUGCCAACACCAAUGGGUAAAGGAGUUGUAAGUGAUGAUCAUCAUCAGUGUGUAGCUGCUGCCAGGUCUAGAGCAUUGUUAGAAGCUGAUGUAAUUUUGCUUCUUGGGGCAAGACUGAACUGGAUUCUUCACUUUGGUAGGCCACCACGAUAUGCACAAGAUGUCAAGUUUAUUCACGUUGAUGUGUGUGCUGAGGAGUUUAUAACAGGUGUGACUGGCAAAUACUGUCCUCUGGGUGGAUUUAAAAAUGGAAAGAUGGCCCAAGACACUUCAGUACCACUGAAUUACUACACAGUCUUCCACUACCUACAGCAGCUCUUACCUUCUGACUGUAUCAUUGUCAGUGAAGGAGCCAAUACAAUGGAUAUUGGGCGUACACUUCUCCUGAAUAAACAUGCCCGCCAUAGACUGGAUGCUGGUACAUUUGGUACAAUGGGAGUCGGUUUGGGCUUUGCCAUUGCUUCAGCACUCUGGGCCAGAGACUAUGCUCCUGGCAAGCGCAUAGUCUGUGUAGAAGGAGACUCUGCUUUUGGGUUUAGUGGCAUGGAAAUGGAAACCAUUUACCGCUAUAAGCUGCCCAUUAUUGUAAUAAUUGUCAACAACAAUGGUAUCUAUGGUGGACUUGAUGAAGAAUUGUUUGAUGAUAUUCGUGAUGGUAUGGACGUGACCAUUGCCACACCGCCCACCUCACUCCUGCCAAGUGUUCACUAUGAACGUAUGGCAUCUGUUUUUAACGACUCUGGUUACUUCUGUACCUCCAUCCCAGAGCUGCAAGCUGCAGUGACUCAGGCUCUGAAGGAACAGCAUAAACCAUCACUCAUCAAUGUCAUUGUCAACCCCAUGGCUCAACGCAAAGCUCAAGACUUUCCCUGGCUUACACGCUCAAAACUAUAAGCCAAGAGAAUUUGAUGCAAUAUUUAGACUGUGAGAGAAGAAUUGGGAAUCUAUAUAUUAGAAUAGUGGGAGAUACACUAGACUAAAUAGUGUUCAUAUUUUUGUCACAUUCACAUUGUUCUAAACUUGAAUGGGCAAAACAGCAAUAGCUGUGUAAUAUUUUUAUCUGGGGUUAUAAUAGAUAUUAAUGCUAUGUUUAGCAAUGAUGAGAUUCUAAAGGAUAAACCUAAUUUUAAAAAUGUUGUGUCUGAGGACAAGGUGUAGAGAAUGUUGAGGGAGUUUAAAGUCAUGUAAAAGUGAAGACAUUCAACAAAGGCAGCUAUCAGAAUCAUCACAAACAACUUAUAGACAACACAUCAUUCCCUUACGUAAGUUCCUAAACCUUUAAAUACAAAUGUUAUUUAUAAUUACUACUGCUUGCUGAGCACUGUUAGAGCACUGCUCUGUAGUACUCAUGAUGACUUGAGACUUCCAGGAAGAUUGUAACACAACAUAUAUAUGCAUCAUGCUACGAAAAAAAAUGUCUCUUUGAUAUUCCUUGUAUUCAUUUGUAUCUUGACAGAAACUAUGAAAAUUUAAGGGGGAAUAAUGUAGAAUUACUUAUCAGAUGAAUAAAAAAAAUGUAAAAAUAGUGUUUUUAGGUACAGUGGAACCUCAAAUAUCGAACUUUCUUCGGUCCAGAAGUCUGUUCGAGUGCCUUUACCGAAUGAAUUUAUUCCCAUCAGGAAUAAUGUAAAUUAGAUUAGUCCAUUUCAGACCCUUAAAAAUACACUUAUAAAAGCACUUACAAAAAUACACUUACAUAAUUGGUUAUGUUGGGAGCAGUUCGAUUUUUGAGGUUCCACUGUACUUUGUGCCUAAAUAGUAAAAUAAUGUAUUUCUAUAUAUUUUGUUCAAUUUAAUGCUACCGUAUUAACCCUUUGAGGGUUUCGGACGUACUAGUACGGCUUACGACCCAGGGUUUUUGAUGUACUAGUACGCCUAAAUUCUAGCACCUUCAAAUCUAGUAGGAGAAAGCUGGUAGGCCUCCAUAUGAAAGAAUGGGUCUAUGUGGUCAGUGUGCAUAGUAUAAAAAAAAUCCUGCAGCACCCAGUGCAUAACGAGAAAAAAAAAACUGACCGUUUUUUUUGGAAUAAAACAGUGACUUUGCACUGUAUUUUCGUAUGGUAUUUAUUGUUGUAUUCUAGUUUUCUUAGUCUCAUUUUAUAGAAUGGAAGGCAUAUCAUAGAAAUUGAGAUGAUUUUGACUGGUUUUACAAUAAAAAGUACCUUGAAAUUGAGCUCAAAGUAGCAGAAAUGUUCGAUUUUUACCAAAGUUCAAAAGUAAACAAAUCAUGCCAAGCGUCCAAUACACAUCAACGGCGUGAGUCUAAUAUUCUUUUGCAAGUGCGCCAAUAUGAUUCAUACCAUUUUUUACACUAAUGCAGUAGUCUGCAUAACAGUAAAUCAUCUAUUUUUUGUGAGAAUAAAAAUUCAAAGUGGAAAGCAAAAGAAUGUAAGAGGGGCCUUGAGAAGUGACUAAUGAACAGAGGAAAUGUCAUUUUAGUGCCAGGAAUGUAUUUCUUGUUUGUUCUGGACCCUAUUCGGAAAUUGGCAUCUUUUGAAAUUUGUGUGAAAUUGGCAAAAUUGCUAAAUUCUGACCACUGUACUGGAUAGUUGAAAUUGGUAAAUGGGUGGUUUCUUGCACUCAUUCAAUAGAAAAAACGUAGUUCUAGCGAAAUAUUCAUGUUUUUUUUCGACUAGUACAGUGGAACUGGCCGAAAAUGGGGCUCAAAGUGGGCAAAAUCGCCGAUACGUAAACAUCGCCGAGACCGCUUACUUCACGAGAGCAUAAUUCCGUAAGUUUUCCAUCAAAUUUCAUAUUUUUGGUGUCAUUAUGAUCGGGAAAAGAUUCUUUAUCUUUUCAUAAGAAAAAAUUAUUAUUUUUUUUUUUAAAUUUGGCCAACCCUGAGAACGAGUCUCGGAGAGGGCCUGUCGACCCUCAAAAGGUUUAUCACUCCAUGUAUCUUUUGUUAAUUCUUCCUCUCAGUUUUAUAUUAAAAUUAACUAUAUAUUUAUCACAUCAUUACUCUUACUAUUGCUUUUUGUAAGCUCGCCUCUUAAGAAAAUUUUAGUAGGUGGACUACAGGGUUAUUAUGGAUUGCAUAUAAAAAUUAUAUUAAUCUA